CACAAUCACAACUUAACAUCAAAAAGAGAAAAGAAAAAACCAUGCUUAGCCACAACUCACAUAACCAAAUCUACGCUCAUUCUUCCAUUGAAGAGAGUUGGAAGAAGAAGAUGACUGCGCUUCUCAUUGAUCAAAGCAACGAGAAUGAAAUAGGAAAAAUAGAACCAGUUGCCUGCAUCUUUCGGGUACCAGAAUCUCUUCGUCAAAAAGAUCAUGAGGCCUACACUCCCCAGCUAGUUGCACUCGGACCAUACCGUCAUUUAGAUCACAACCUCCACCAGAUGCAGAACUACAAAAUUGAUGAAGGCAAGAACUUUCGACAUAAAUUGAGGAACUCUGAACUCACUGAGGAGCGCACUAAAAAGCUAACUGUGGAGCUCAAGCAUAAGGGAAAGGAUAUCCAUGAAUCUUAUCGCGGUGUCCAGUUUAUAUGGUAUGAUCAAUUGGCCUUGAUGAUGAUCAUCGAUGGGCUCUUCUUGCUGGCAAUACUCGAUGAAUUCGUCCACUCUAACGAAAUCGCUGGUUGUCCUACGUAUCUUCGAGUCAUCUCUUCCUCGGGGAAGAUGCUCCCCAAGGAUGCCAUCCUUAGAGACGUCCUGAUGCUGGAGAACCAGAUUCCGUGGUUUGUGUUAAAAGAGAUAUUAUCCAAGACUUGCUCUGAGUCAGAGGAAUAUUUACUGGACCUGUUUCUCAAAUUUUGCCAAAAGAUCUCGCCAAUCAAAGGGGAGUGGCCUGAAUGCCCACAUAAAUCACUGCAGCAUCAUCAUGUGUUGGAUCUUCUGUACCAAUACAUAACUUUCAAAAAGGAAAGUAAGGAGACGAAGACGAAUCAGUCAACUAAGACACCAGCAGCAGACUCGGCAGGGGACCCUGAAGCUAGAAAUGGACCACUAGAUUGUUCGCGCUUUUCCCAGCUGCGGAAUAACAUGUCCAUAUUUACAAAUAUUGGCCCCAUCCAAAUCUUUUUGUUGAUUCUAAAGUUGUUUCUGGAUAUUCUACGUGUCUUUGGUGUAAGCGUGGAGACAAUGUUCCAAGAAAAGCAAGUGUUAAUUCCUUCAGUAUAUGAACUGUCCAAAGCCAGAAUAAAAAUCAAACCUGGAGAAGGCGGCACGAGAUAUGUUAAAUUUGAUGGGAAGACCAAGACACUAUACCUUCCGAAGAUCACUUUGAACAGCACCUCCUUAGUGGUAUUCAGAAAUCUUGUAAUGUACGAAACUAUGGCAAAGCCAGAAUUCUUACAUUUCAGACGAUAUGCUGAGUUAAUGGGAGCAAUUGUGGACACCGUUGAAGAUCUUCGUUUGUUAAAGAAGUUUAACGUCCUUAAGAUCGACGAAAAAUAUCAAAUGAGCGAUGCUGAGAUCCUAGAGAUCUUUAACGGGAUGACCGGAACAAUGAGGUCCAAAGAUGCCACCAUUGACGACCAAAUUGAGGAGACUAAUAAAUGUUACAAUACGUAUCCAGUGGUGAGGAUGAAAAGGGUCCUGAAGAAGUAUGUGUAUUCUUCGUGGAAGUUUCUGGCGGCUUUUGCUACUCUGCUACUGAUUCUGAUGAUGGGUUUACAAACAUUUUGCGAUGUUUAUAGUUGCCCUACUGCCUUCGGCAUGGCCAAGAAAGCCUGAGCUUCUCUUCUAGAGAUACCUUACUUUAUCUUUCUCUAGUUGUUACCUUGUUUUAUUUUUCUCUAGUUGUUACCUUGUUUUUUCCUUUCUCUAGCUGUUAUUUCACUUUUGAAUAACCUUCCUUGUAUGAAUCUUUAUGUUAGUUAAAAAAUAGUGGUUAUGAACUAGUAAUAAAUAAGAUUUUAUUAU